GUAUAAAUAUUGAAAUUACCAAAAACAUUGUUGAUGAAUGAGCAUUGAGAAAGUUUGGCCAUACCGUUUGGCCAUACUCGCUGCUCAUCUAGCAGCACCGCCACCCUUCGACCUCUCUUCUCCGCCGAUCAUUGAGCCAUGGUGCGUCUCUGCUCAGACCGCCGCCUCCCUUGGCGGCUCCUUGACCAUCAUCGACGAACGCACUGGGAAGAAGUACCACGUCCCCGUCUCCGCAGAAGGCACCGUUAAAGCGGCUGAUUUGAAGAAGAUAACGACCGGAAAAGAUGACAAGGGGCUCAAGAUGUAUGACCCUGGCUAUUUGAACACAGCUCCUGUAUGCUCAUCAAUUUCCUAUAUUGACGGAGAUCAGGGGAUCCUUCGAUACAGAGUCUACCCAAUUGAGGAGUUGGCCGAGAGCAGUACCUUCUUAGAAGUGGAGUAUGAAAGUCUUGGUCAUCAUUUUAUUUUAUUCCUUAAAGAAGUAAAAGACGAAGGUUUUGAGAUUGAGCAUGAUGGUAAACUUAUUACUGUAUUUUCUGCACCAAAUUAUUGUGAUCAGAUGGGCAACAAGGGUGCUUUCAUUCGUUUUGAAGCUCCCGAUUUGAAGCCAAACAUUGUUACAUUCUCGGCGGUGCCUCAUCCUGAUGUCAAGCCAAUGGCAUAUGCAAACAACUUUCUUCGGCUGUUCCAAUAACUUACAUAUUUGUCUUGAAUGAUCUAU